AUGGCAUCCACUGAGACCGACCUUGCGGUACGAGAGACACCAGUCAAUGAGGCGGGUCGUGAGCUCAUUUCGACCGGAUAUGCGUUGUUAGUGGCCUGUCGCUGCGGAAAAUUAAAAGCUGUUCAAGAUCUCCUCGUGAGAGGUGCCGAUAUUAACGUCCAAGAUCCGCGGGGUAAAUCUGCGCUUGUAUACGCAGCUAUGUCUGGCCACACUGAAGUGGUAAGCUUACUGGUUGAACAUGGCGCUAAUCUGGAAGUGACAAGUGCAGACGGCUGGACACCCCUUGUGUUCGCUGUCUCCCACGGCUACACCAAUGUGGUGGACAUCCUUUUGAAAGCUGGAGCCAACAUUGACUUCCAGCUUUCCAAUGGAUGCACCGUUCUUCACAUCGCCUGUGAUUAUGGCUACCUUGCUAUUACUGAAUUACUUCUCAAGAAAGGUGCACGUGUUGAUACGCCAAAUAAGAAGAAAUGGAGACCCCUUAUGAUCGCUGCCCAACAUGGCCACACGAACGUGAUGAACAUCCUGCUCAAAGCUGGAGCCAACGUUGACUCGCAAGAUUCCUUCCCAACGGGGCCACCGCGCUUACUAUCGCGUCUAGUAAAGACAACAUCUCCAUUGUCAAAUUACUUGUCGAGAGCGGUGCAAGUGUCAACUUGCCAGACAAUGAGGGCUGGACCCCUCUAA